AGCCUUUCCUUAUUAUCACUAGAAAUCCAUUGCAAUAUAUAUAAGAGCCGAGGUUUCUUGUUAUUUCUCACCUGUUUUUGUCAUCUUUGGAAAAAUAACUUGCAGGAGACAUUUUAACCAGCAGACUACUCAGCCCUGAAAAGGAUACUCACUCAAGGAGUAACAAUAAGAAUGAAAUCACUGUACCUAAUCUUGGGCCUUCUGGCUCUGGAAGCCUGUUUCUCGCCUGGUGAAAGUCAAAGAGGCCCCAGGAGACCAUAUCCACCACCACUGCCACCCCCUUUUCCUCCACAACCUUUUCCUUUGGGCCCAGGAUUUGUCCCUCCCCCUCCCCCUCCCCCUUUUGGCCCAGGGAGGUUUCCACCACCUCCUCCUCCUCCUCCUUUUGGCCCAGGGAGGUUUCCACCACCUCCUCCUCCUCCCCCUUAUGGCCCAGGGAGGUUUCCACCACCUCCUCUUCCUCCCCCUUAUGGCCCAGGUUAUCCAUAUCCACCUUUCCAACCAUAUCUGCCUGAACCUAUACAAUUCCCUGGAUACCCUCCUGUGAAUCCUGGCUUCUUAACCCCUGCACCCCAAAUAGAAGCUUCUAAAACAAGCUCUACCACAGCCCCAGAAAACCCGGCCACCACCAAAACAGGAUCCACCAGCCCUGCAACUACUUCUACUACCAAAAAUGCAACCAAAAGCUUUCUUGAUAAAUUAUUGCCCAAUUGGGGCUGAGGAUGGGGAUAUUCCAGUAUCUGUGAGCUCUGUGGGGAAACAAUCUUAGAGAGAAACCAAAACAACUCACAUAAACAUUCAGCUAACAAAGUGAAAAUAAAGAGUUGAGCAAUA